AGAUGAUAGGAUUGUCGGACAAAGGAAGAAGCUUUGAUAUAAUUGCUGCAUAGAGGAACCCCACAAAUGACACCGAGCCAACUCCGAUCAACCACCAUCCCCAAUUGCUAGAAGAAACCAUUUUCAGGAAUUCUCCUCUACAUUUUAAAAGCACAAAAAAGUGAGGAAAAAUAAAACAGAGAGGUUCUUGGUUUGCACUUGGACAGGGAGACAGAGAAAACUGGGGCAUGAUGGCAUGCGACCUACAGUAAUACGCUGCGUUUUAUUUGUCCACAGUCCAAAGCGGACCAAACCCAACGAAGCUGGAGACCCGACCCGUUUAAAGAGGAUAAUCCGAAUGAAACCCUUGAUAUAAAUGCUGGUCUUCAAAUCUCCUUGAUUUUCACUUGCAUCGCACUUUACUAAAAUUCCCCCCAAAAAUCUUCACCUCACCGUCAUACCUGCAUAGGCAUAUUCUCAGAGAGGGAAUGGCUAACGCAGAUGCGGAAGCGGUGGACUUCGAGCCGGAGGAGGACGAUCUGAUGGACGAGGACGGAGCCGUCGACGUCGACAACUCACCUCGGGCACCGCUUCCGAAGCUGAAGUCUGCAAUUACUGGAGGUGCAUCUUCCUCCCUCUCAGCUCCCAGAAAGACUAAAGGCCGUGGCUUCAGAGAUGAGGCUGAUGCAGACCGCCAGAGCCGCCUUGCCUCUCGCGACUUCGAUUCCCUCGGCUCCGAUGGUGGGCCUGGCCCUCAGCGAUCUAUUGAAGGAUGGAUUAUUUUGGUAAGUGGAGUGCAUGAGGAGGCACAGGAGGAUGAUUUGCAAAAUGCUUUUGGUGAUUUUGGUGAGAUAAAAAAUUUGCAUUUGAAUCUUGAUCGGCGAACUGGGUUUGUUAAGGGUUAUGCACUGAUAGAAUUUGAAAAGUUUGAGGAAGCACAGAAUGCAAUAGCUGCAAUGCAUGGAGCUGAACUUCUGACCCAGAUCAUCAAUGUGGAUUGGGCCUUCUGCAAUGGGCCUAUCAGAAGAAAGAACAUGAGAUCAGGACGAGCACACAGGUCAAGGAGUCCUAGGAGGAGAUAUUAACCGGCUGUGUUGUUUUUUGUUGAGAGGGUAUAUGAAUUUUCAUAGAGGGUUUCGACGUUAAAAGUUGUCAUGGAAGACUACAAUUGAAUGGUGUCUUGAAUGGGUUUAUGGAUUGGUAAUGUGUUUGCUGAGAAUCCCGCACUUCUCGACCUUACAAAUUAUGGGGCAAUUCAACGCUGAUUGCAUUUGUAACCUUCAAGCUUAGUAAUCUUGUUUAUUCUGUUAUUGGAGGAUUAUUCCCCCAUUUGGUAGGGGGAUGACUGCUUACAUUGACUUUCCCUGUAAGAUUGUAGCUUGCAAGUUCAUUGUAAAAUGAAGUACUUGGGCGUUGCAGAGGAUGUAAAUGCUCUACUGAAAUUCGUUAAAUAUCAAACUACUCUUGAUUUUCCUA